AGUUACGUUCCCGGAUGUGCCGGUAGUGCGUAUAUCAGCAGCUAUAAUAGUAAAUAUUCGUUGUUCAAACGGAGAAACCGAAACAAAGAUAUACGAGAUAAAAAGGAAGGAACAGCCUACGAAACGUAAACGAAGCAGGGCUUGCUUACCAUUUUGAAUAUCAGUAACGUUGAUAACUUUAAUUAUUUUAAGCAGCUUAUGUUGUUAUGAAAACAUUCGCAUAUUGGAAUGCUUGGACAAGAUCAUGUCACAUCAAAAAACAGCCUUUAGUUUGUGCCGCCUUCAUUUAGGCUACUUGCCCGUUUUCAUCACUUUCGCUUUAAUUGUCCUACACGGACUCCUUCGCUAAACUGAACAUCCAUUCAGAGCUCUCUCUCUCACCGACGGCCUGACGCCAAACUACCAAACAUCAAACAAACCAGCCCGAAGGACGCUCCCCGACUGCCGACCGUCGACCGUCGGCUUGGUGUGUACCGGUGUUCUGAGGAUUUGUGCUACUCUGUCAGAUUUUGCUACCUCCCAUUAAAACAGAUGGUAGCAUAAUUUGACAGCGAAAAAUAUCAGAUUUAGCUUCCAGCAUGAUAUUAAUGUGGUGUCAGGCUUUAUUAACGUGUACACCUACCCCAACCCUAAACCUACCAUUACAGUAGGAUAAGUACAGUGCUUAAACCAAGAGUUCUCUGCAGGGAAAUGUUACCUAAUCACUAUCAUUCUGUUCGUGAAUGAAUGACUACAAAGAUAUACAACAUUAAAGGUAUUGUCAAACAUUCAUGACCUUAAGGUCAGCCUCAACGAUAGGGGCGUUGUAGUUUGAGGUACAAAGGUAGCUUUCUUCAAGAGCUACACCUGCAGGACUCCAGUUACAGAGGAACAAGGAAAUGGAAAAUGAGCAACUGAUCAACUCUACAGGCUAACUGUGCACUGAAGACGAUCUCUGCCAUGGGGAGCAGUUUAACCAAAACAAUAAAUGAAUGGAGAAUACAUUCAAGAAAACUUUCACAAAAACAGACAAAAAGAAAAGUUGUUGUAAUGUUGAUUGCUAUUCAACAACGUACAUCUUUACAACAGGUCCACCUGUGGUUCCUUCCCAUCAGCAGGCCCGUGUUGAUGCUCACAUGUAUGACCUUGUGUCAGCUGAACCACAGUAUGCCCAGGUGAAUAAAAAACGGAAGCAGAAUGAGAAUGAUUUACACUACGCAGAGAUUCAAGUCCUACAGUCUGAAAAUGCGACCAGCAGAGGAAAACUGAAACAGACUUCAAACUACGACAACACAGAGUAUGCAACCAUAGACUUUAAAACUACUGUGAAUACUCAGACGCCAGCUGAACCUGCAGAUUUAUUAAUCCCACCUGGAGAACUACUGAGACCAAACAUGAGCUUUUCCCACAGGAAGAAUGUCCACUCAAAGCGAGCAGUUAUGGCAUGAACAAACAAAAACACAUUUCUGUUUAUUUUUGUAUAUUCUAUCCUGCUGUAUUACUAUUGUGCCUUUGAACAAGGCAUUUAAUGUGCAAUUUGUACUCGUCACGUUGCAUAAAAAGCAAGUGCCAUAAAGAGGUUGUUUGUUUAAAAUA